AUGAAUUUUCCAGAGGUUUUUAUUCAAUGGAUCUCUCUAUGUAUCACCACAGCGUCAUUCUCUGUUCAGUUUAAUGGAGAACUUGCAGGGUUUUUUCGUAGCAGCCGAGGGUUACGGCAAGGAUGCUCGCUAUCGCCUUAUCUGUCUGGUUAUCAUCCCAAGUGCAAAAACUUAGAUCUUAAUCACCUAAGCUUUGCGGAUGACAUUAUGGUGCUAACAGAUGGGAAAGUGCGAUCAGUUGAGGGCAUUGUGCGUAUCUCAGGCCUCAAGAUCAGUAUGGAAAAGUCGACUAUGUACAUUGCUGGUGUCUCUGAAUCGGUUCGAACUGAGCUAAACAACAAAUUCCACUUUGAGAUGGUCAGUUACCAGUGUGUUAUCUGGGUUUACCAUUGCUAA